AUGCUGCUAGAUGGCACUUCUAUAGAUGUCACCUUCGUGCCUAUGGCGAUUUCCUACGACAAGGUCCUCGAGGCAGAAACCUUUCCUCAAGAGCUAUUAGGCGAGCCUAAGAAGGCUGAGGAAUAUCUGGUGGCCUAUUGGAAUACAGAAUCGUCUCUGCAGCCGCUGCUAGGGGCCCUUCAGCAAUCCACCGUUUCGCCGAUGGCGCAGUUUCACAAUCUUCCGCCACUGAUGGGGCAGCCAUGCCUCGUGUCUCCCGGGAAAGGAGAAACGGUACAGGAGGCUUCACGAAGCGAGCAGCAGCAGCAACUCGAUCCUACGCAUCCAAAGAGCUAUCCAGCUCUCAGAGCCGGCGGCAAGCUGCCUCCUAUUUCCCAAGAUCUCAAGCGCAAGGUUGUUUGCGGUGUCUCGAAUUGGAUAAUGGAUAAGCUGUCGGAGGGUUUGUACGUUACACCGACGGCUUUGGUUUGCACCAUUCUCGCGCUUCACCGAGAUGGCAUCCGAGAGGAGGACCUUGUGAGUGUGUGUAAUGCGUUCCGCCGUGAAGGUAACGUCCACGGAGUGGGAGGCGCUCAGGUGUCGUGGACUGGUGUACAGACACCGGCAUGA